UGAAUAAGAGUAUACAUGAAGUCCGUCAUGGCACCAAAUAAAACGCCAGUUGGUGUCGAUGCUAGCUGCGUAUCACAGUACAACAAAGGCACGUGCUCACAAGCCCCGCCCCGGCCAUGUGACAGCCAGCCCAGCCCUGGGCCGGCUGACUGCGCCGCUCCGUCACGCCGCGUCAGUCGGAGUCGCACAAUUAUGAAAAAGCAACCUUCCGUUGGAGCUGUAGCCGAAGCGGAUCUCUCCAACGUCCACCGGGCUUUCCUUCCGAGGCUAACACAGAGCACCGCCGAUAGAUGGAUAAAAGCCCGGCGAGGCGUACCAACGGUGACGAGAAUGUCCCAGAAACCCUGGAUAGAAAGCACUUUCACCAAGAGGGAAUGCGUGUACGUACUUCCAGUGUCAAAGGACCCCCACAGAUGCCUUCCAGGAUGCCAGAUUUGCCAGCAGCUAGUCCGGUGCUGCUGCGGGCGGCUGGUGCGACAGCAUGCUGGCUUCACAGCCAGCUUGGCCCACAAGUACUCGGACGUGAAGCUGGGUGAGAACUCCGGCAGGCCCAGGCCGGAGUUGGAGGAGUGGUCGGUGGAAAAACACACAGAGGCCAGACCCACUGACGCCUAUGGUGUCGUUAACUUCCAGGGAGGCUCGCACUCCUACAGAGCCAAGUAUGUGCGUUUGUCCUACGACUCUCGUCCGGAGACCAUCCUACGGCUGAUGCUGAAGGAGUGGCACAUGGAGUUGCCCAAGAUCCUCAUCUCUGUCCACGGGGGAGUCCAAAAUUUUGAUAUGCACCCUCGCAUCAAGCAGGUGGUGGGCAAGGGUCUCAUCAAGGCUGCCGUCACUACGGGUGCCUGGAUUCUCACCGGAGGGGUCAAUACAGGUGUAGCAAAGCAUGUAGGCGACGCUCUCAAAGAGCACUGUUCCAGAUCAUCAAAGAAGAUUUGCACUAUUGGGAUUGCAUCCUGGGGAUUUAUUGAAAACAGGAACGACCUAAUCGGCAGAGACAUCAUCGCUCCGUAUCAGACGCUACUCAAUCCUCUCAGCAAACUCAACGUUCUCAACAACCUCCACUCACAUUUUCUCCUGGUGGACGACGGCACGGUGGGCAAGUACGGCGCAGAGGUACAACUGCGACGGGACCUAGAGAAGCACAUCAACCUCCAAAGAAUACAUGCGCGUAUUGGUCAGGGUGUUCCUGUAGUGGCACUCAUCUUCGAGGGCGGUCCCAAUGUGAUCUUGACCGUGCUUGAUUACCUUCAGGAAAGCCCUCCUGUCCCGGUGGUGGUGUGUGAGGGGACGGGCAGAGCUGCUGACAUACUGGCGUAUGUCCACAAGCAGACCGAGGAGGGAGGCGGUCUUCCAGAUGGCGUGGAGGCAGACAUCAUUGCAACCAUCAAGAAAACCUUCAACUUCAGCCAGAGUGACGCCAUCCAUCUUUUUCAGACUUUGAUGGAGUGCAUGAAGAGGAAAGAAUUGAUCACUGUGUUUCACAUCAGCUCUGAAGAGACCCAAGACAUUGACGUCGCCAUCCUGAAGGCCUUACUCCAAGGUACAAACGCGUCUGCCUUCGAUCAGCUGGUCCUGACUCUAGCCUGGGACCGUGUGGACAUUGCCAAAAAUCAUGUGUUUGUGUACGGACAGCAGCUUUUGGUUAGCUCUUUGGAACAAGCCAUGCUCGACGCACUCGUCAUGGACAGAGUGGACUUUGUCAAGUUGCUAAUUGAAAACGGCGUCAGCAUGCACCGCUUCCUGACAAUCAGUCGACUAGAGGAGCUUUACAACACUAAACAACCUCCUAACAAUCCGACUCUUCUUCACCUGGUUAGAGAUGUUAAGCAGAGUCACCUUCCUCCAAAUUACAAGAUCACCUUGAUUGAUGUCGGCCUGAUUAUUGAGUACCUGAUGGGUGGGACUUACAGGUGCAACUACACCAGGAAACGCUUUAGAAUCAUUUACAACAAUCUCCAUGGCAACAGUCGGAGGUCUGGGCGCCACCCAACCGGUUCGGGCUCUCAUUUGAGGAAGAGUCAUGAGUCAUUCAGCAUGCAGGCCGAUAAAAAGGAGAAGACGAGGCACAACCAUUUCAUCAAGACUGCACAGCCUUACAAACCCAAGCUGGAGUCCACAAAAGAGCAGAACAAAAAGCGGGUCAAAGAAGAGAUCGUGGACAUCGACGACCCAGAGACAAGGCGCUUUUCCUACCCAUUCAAUGAACUGCUAGUGUGGGCCGUGCUCUUGAAACGGCAGAAAAUGUCGCUGUUUUUCUGGCAGCACGGCGAGGAAAACAUGGCCAAGGCUCUGGUGGCCUGCAAGCUUUGCCGUUCGAUGGCUUACGAGGCCAAGAAGAGCGACGUGGUGGACGAUACAUCGGAGGAGCUAAAGGAGUACUCCAAUGAGUUCGGUACGUUGGCGGUAGACCUGCUAGAGCAGUCCUUUAGACAGGACGAGACCAUGGCCAUGAAGCUGCUGACCUAUGAACUAAAGAACUGGAGCAACUCCACCUGUUUGAAGCUGGCCGUUUCUUCUCACUUGCGACCCUUUGUGGCUCACACCUGCACCCAGCUGCUGUUGUCUGACAUGUGGAUGGGGCGACUAAACAUGCGCAAGAACUCCUGGUACAAGGUCAUUCUGAGCAUCCUGGUGCCUCCUGCCAUUCUGUUGUUAGAGUACAAGUCCAAAGCUGAAAUGGCUCACAUCCCACAGAGCCAGGAUGACCAUCAGAUGACCAUGGAGGAUAGCGAAAACUUCCAGAACAUAGCUGACGACAUUCAAAUGGAUGUGUUCAAGGAGGCCAGAUCCUCUGAUCCUAUUGAGUCAAAAACUGACAUGGAGAUACCCAUUCGUGCAAGGAAGCUGCCGUUAACCAGAAAAAUAUACGCCUUCUACCAUGCUCCCAUUGUCAAGUUCUGGUCCAACACGCUGUUUUAUUUGGGUUUCUUGAUGCUCUACUCCUACGUGGUCCUGGUGAGAAUGCCAGAAUGGCCUUCUCCUCAAGAGUGGGUGGUCAUCCUCUACAUCUUCACCUCUGCUAUCGAGAAGAUCCGAGAGAUGUUUAUGUCAGAAGCAGGAAAAAUAAGUCAGAAGAUAAAAGUGUGGUUUGAUGACUACUUCAACGUCUCCGAUUUUCUGGCCAUCAUUUCCUUUUUUAUCGGCUUCGGCCUGAGGCUGGGUGGAGGGAAAGCCUUCAUCCCUGGCAGGACGGUUUACUGUCUCAACAUCAUCUUCUGGUAUGUGCGACUCCUCGAUAUCCUGGCCGUCAACCAGCAAGCUGGACCCUAUGUCAUGAUGAUUGCCAAAAUGGUUGCCAACAUGUUUUACAUUGUGGUGAUCAUGGCCGUUGUCCUGCUCAGCUACGGCGUUCCCCGCCAAGCCAUCCUAUACCCCGACGAAGAGCCAAGCUGGACGCUGGCCAAAGAGGUGGUGUUCCAGCCGUACUGGAUGAUGUACGGGGAGGUAUAUGCGUAUGAAAUCGAUGUGUGUGCCAACAACAGUGAUCCAAACGUGAAGAACUUGUGUGAGAACGCAGGAGUGUGGCUUACUCCUCUCCUGCAAGCAGUCUACCUAUUUGUUCAGUACAUACUUAUGGUCAACCUCCUCAUUGCUUUCUUCAACAACGUGUACCUGCAGGUGAAGUCCAUUUCCAACUUGGUGUGGAAGUACCAGCGCUACCACUUCAUCAUGGCCUACCACGAGAAACCGGUCCUGCCUCCCCCAUUCAUCCUCCUGUGCCAUAUCUACUCACUCUUCUGCAUGUGCAGGAAGAGAAAGAAGGAGCACACAUACGGACCAAAGCUGUUUCUCACAGAGGAAGACCAGAAAAAACUUCAUGACUUUGAGGAACAGUGUGUCGAGACGUACUUUCAUGAAAAAGAUGACCAGUUUCACUCAGGGAGUGAAGAGCGCAUACGUCUCACCUCCGAAAGGGUUGAGACGAUGUGCAUGCAGCUGAAGGAGGUGGGCAACAGGGUCAACUUCAUCAAACGCUCUUUGCACACGUUGGACUCCCAGAUUGGUCACCUUCAGGACCUCUCUGCCCUCACUGUGGACACCUUAAAGACACUGACAGCACAGAGGGCAUCAGAGGCUAGCAAGGUUCACAAUCGUAUCACCCAAGAGCUCAGCCUCUCCAAGAACGUUGUCCCCAGCAUAGUUCCCGGGGUAACGGACACAGGCCCCCAGUCCAAAUCCUCUGCAAUAGGAAAGCGGAGCGUGGGGGCCUACUUUGGCUCUACCUUUUCCCAAGCUGGAGCUAAUUUAGCAGACUCACUUUUUGGGAUUGGCGCUGGAGAUGCAACUGAUCGUAACCGUAGGGUCGUAUUAAACCCUGUGUCAGGACUGGGGAAUGAUCCUAAUCUGAGUCCAGAAAAGAGGGGCUUGUUCGGCCUUGGACACCUCGCUGCAGAGGCUGGUUCCUCCAGCAGCGGCGCCCCCUGUGCCUUUGUCCAAAGUGCUGUUUCCCCUCCGGAGCUGCGUCUUCGAGGCCAUUCCUUUACCCUCAGUAAGCUGAGCCGUCCACAUGAGCCGGAAUAUUCCGACUCGCCAUCCAGCCUGCCCAACGUGCCUUCACGCGGGGCUCACUUCCACAUUAGCAGCACGCCUUCCCAGCCCAGCGUCUCAAGCCAACCGGAACUCUCCUUGGCUGGGCUUUGCCAGCAGCCGCCUGACAGCGCCGUUGUAGAGUUUGGGGCAUUUGUUGGUAAGUAUGACGGUGAAUCUCCGAAGAUGCGUGAGCACGAUAAGAACAGUGUAUGUGUGUAUCCUACUGUGCUCGUUGUGUCUAAGACUUUGGGCUCUGCUCAGCCUGCCUGCUUGCCUGCAGAGGGGUUAGGAGGCAUGUCCAGUGGGGGGGAGGGGACUUUGGGAUACGUCAAUGAAGCUUUUUGCGACGACGAGGGCAAGUUGGCCUUUCCCAGCAGAUGUGAAUCAAACACUCAAUGUCAAGGACACGGCGGACCACCGUGUUCUGUUCGCACCCCUGCUGUGGCUGCCCGACGACCCCACAGACGAAGAAAGCGUGAUUGCGAUCUUUGGGAAGCACCAGCCCCUUCGCCGGGGCCCACGUAUGAUGGUGAAAGUUGUGACAAGAGGACCUUUGUGAGAGGGCAUAAAGACAGUGUAAACUUCCAGCACUCUACACCUAAAGAGACUUGCAGCCCACAGCACAGCCCGGCUACAAGCAGCAGACAACAGGGUCCGCCUGAUGGUCAUGGUCACAUCAGAGCUGUCAACUCCUAUGCUGGCUUUACUGAGUUUGACAGGAGCCCAGCUUUUCUUCACCCCAACUCAACUCUGAGAAAGAAGGACCGAAGCCGAGUAUCCGCUGAAGACAUCCUCAUCCAUGAGGAACCGAGGUCUUCAGGGCUGGGAAGAGUUCAGGUCAAAUCAGCGCAAGCCAGCAGCCUCCAACCCCCUGCAGAGGACACAUUAACUGCUUCUGUCUCACUCUACACAACUCGCCACACCCACCUCGGAUCCAGAAAAGACUCCAUUGGUUCACCUUUCAAGCCCAUGGAAAGCUACCAGUACUCAGCUGUUGAGCGCAACAACCUUAUGAGACUGUCCCAAAGCAUCCCCUUCACACCAGUCCCACCAAGAGGGGAGCCAGUGACCGUGUACCGCCUGGAGGAGAGCUCCCCCAACACCAUUAACAACAGUAUGUCUUCCUGGGCCCAGCGCGGCCUCUGUGCAAAAAUUGAGUUUCUGAGCAAGGAGGAGAUGGGUGGCGGCCUGAGACGGGCCCUCAAAGUCCUCUGCACCUGGUCCGAGUAUGACAUUCUCAAACCGGGACACCUGUACAUUGUCAAGUCUUUCCUCCCUGGGGUGGUCCAGACCUGGCAGAGCAUUUACAAGGAUGACACUGUGUUGCAUCUUUGUCUCAGGGAAAUACAACAGCAGAGAGCGGCUCAGAAGUUGACGGUCGCCUUCAACCAGAUUAGACCCAAGACUAUUCCUUACUCACCGAGGUUCUUGGAGGUGUUCCUGCUCUACUGUCACUCGGCGGGCCAGUGGUUCGCCAUCGAAGAGUGCAUCACAGGCGAGUUCCGGAAGUUUAACAACAACAACGGCGAUGAGAUCGUCCCCACUAACCUGCUGGAGGAGACCAUGCUAGCUUUCAGCCACUGGACAUACGAGUACACGCGAGGCGAGCUGCUGGUGCUCGACCUGCAGGGGGUUGGCGAGAUUCUGACAGAUCCUUCCGUGAUAAAGAGUGGCGAGAAAGGCUCGUACGACAUGAUCUUUGGACCUGCCAACCUGGGUGACGACGCCAUCAGGAACUUCCGGGCGAAACAUCACUGCAAUUCCUGUUGUCGGAAACUCAAACUUCCUGAUUUAAAGAGGAACGAAUACACGCCCGACAAGGUGACGUUCCCUCAAGAAGACCCGCCCAAUCCUGGGGGCGGAGCCAAGGAGCCCCGCCAAUCAAUGAGGCUGUUGUGAUGGCGUUUUAGGAGCCGUCGAGUCUUUUCGCUGCUCUCCUCCAAUCGUAACCGAGGAGCCAAUCAACUGGAAGAAACCUCAUCUGAUGUGUUUCCAUGAAAACCACGCCGGAAAGUCCUCACAAAGUCAUGUGAACGCAUGAGAAGGUACAUGAAUUACCCCGGAAGGCUUUUAUUAUAAAAUAUUAUUUAUUGACGUUUGUUGCUGUUGCCUUGUUUUAAUAUAUGAAAAGAAAUCAUUGUGUGACAUCUGUUACAUCAUUUGUAUUCUUCUGAUUUUGUGCGAACACUUAUAUCCACGCUUUUUAUCAUCUUUAUGAAAUCUUCUAAGAACAAUGGGCAGAUUGCAAUGCAACUCUUAUAGGACAUUGUGUCAUGUUUUGUGUGUUGAAAAGUUUGUUCUUGCUUUUUCUUCUUCUUUUUUGAAUGGUUACAAAGGUACUAUUGCAAUAUCUUUGCCAUGGCUUGCAAGUCCUAUGAGCAGAUGACAAGCUUGUGUAUCUUAUAGAUACUGCUGUCUGCAUGUACUCAUUAUACCAAUAUUUUAUUCAGGGCACACUUAAAGGGUAUUAUUAUUACUGUAUACAUUUUGUACUGAACUUCAUUUUAAACGAAUAAAAUCUUAAAUCUCAUUCUCUUAUUGUAUGUAUUUAAAUGUUACAGCGUAGGAAUGGGUACAGAAUUUCCUUCUUUUCUGACUUCAUCAAACCUUGGGAAAAAACUUUUUUUCAGUGAAUUGCUAAAAACAGUAUAGCACUCAUGAAGUCCUCACAUUUCUUAGUUAAUUAUUUAUUAUUUAGUUGAAGUUAUUUUUGUAAAUGUGAUUAAUGUAUUAAAGUUGUUGCUGUAGCUUGUUUACUUCAGGUGCAGUAAGUAGUCAAUGUUCAACUUAUUUAGUUAUACUCGUGGUGUUCCUCCAAGGUCCAUUUUAGGUCCUCUCUUUUUCUUCAUUUGGGCCUAGUGGCCCGCGAGUGCAGUUAGGAAAGCUUGUGAGAAACUCACUUUUUUGCAGAAUGUUCUUAAAACAGCACAGCGCUCCUGUAACUCUAACAUUACAAAUACAUCAAAAUUAAAUGUUUACACCAGAGUACGUUGGUUCUACAGAAUAUCCAAAAUCAAACUAAUAGUGUAGGAAGAAGUCUGCCACCUCCGAUCCUAAGCUUUCUGGAAAUGUGGCCCCUAAAACAUUUUAAUUGAAUAUUCCUGUUUUAUAGAUUCCGGUAGAAUUUUGACAGUUCUGCCGGUUACCGAUUCACAUAUCAAAUGGUACCAUAGACAAACAGGUGUAUUUAUAGCAGACUGCCUCUAGGUAAUGUUGCAAAUUUCCAUACCAACAAACCAUGCAAAUUUGAUAGAAAGCACUCAAAAGUAAGGCACCUCUUUCAAAAGGAGCUAGCUCGAGGCUAAUUUAUUUUGGAUUUACUAUAUACAUUCUACUGUUUAACAUUACAGAUUUGACAAGGGGAUUUCAAACGUAAGGAAAACUACAACAGCUGGUGUGUAAUAAGAACAAUACUCACAGUAAAAACACAUGGGGCACAACAAAAUAAAAUACUGGCACAUUUAACUUGAUGGCAAAGACUACUUCCUAACUUACUUAGUGAAAUUAAUCUAUAUUUGCAAAUGAGACUUAGUGUCUGCUUUUCAUUGAGCCUAUUGAAUAGCAACCAAAUAAUGAAACUAAGUUUCACAGACAGUUGCUCAUUUGUAGAAGAAGUGUUAUAUCAAUACCUGGAUAGUUCUAAUCUCUGUCAAGGUAAAUGGUGAAAUUUCACAUACUAUUUAUCUGUUAUGUGUGAAUGUAGUACUGAAUUAUUAUUGUGUUUAUGUGGCACCAAUGUGUGAAUCAGCCUGCCAAAACCUCAGAACUGCAGAGACUGUUAGUAUUAAAAAUACAAGUUUAAAGGCACACCUUUUAAAUUAAAUGAACCAUCAACACCAUGUCAAUACAGCCAGUGAGUGUGCCAUGCGCUCACUGAGGCUUCAUUUACCCAUCAAUAUCUAACGCUGAUAAGAAACCCCCAACCUAAUACUCACUUUAACUCCAAUCCUGCCUAACCGUAGUUUUAAAACAUUACCGGUAAAUACCCUAACCAGUCAAGAGACUAGCUGCACAGUAUCGUUUUGACUAUAGUAAUGGUGGAGAAAUGGGGGAGUGAGAAUACUUUCACUUUCAAUUUGAGCAACAGUGUCUUUUUUGAGGUUUAAUGAUUGUCUGGUUGACAGACUUUCUUUGUUAAUGUUAACUCAGAUCAGAUUCACUACUGACUUUCCCAAAUGAUCAAGAGGCAAUUGAUGAAUGUUUGAUAUUUUUCAUGAUCAUCAAUAUUCAAGAACUCUGAAGUACUAGAGACGUCUUUAGUACUGAUUAAAAGGUAUUUAUGUUCGGUGAAACAAAAGUGGAAGAGGAAGCUGCAGGGAGGGGUGGAUCCUCCCACUGGGUGUGGUUCAGCACAUAAAAAUGCAAAGUGUAAGACGAUGACAACCCUGUUUAGGAUCAACUUUCAGCAGCACACAACUUCAGUAUUCCUGACUCACACAACAAAAACAACAUGGUCAAUGUCAGAGUUGAGUACUGUGGUGCCUGAGGGUAUGGGUCCAGGUAUCAAGCCCUGGCACGUGAACUCCAGCAGAAGAUUCCUGGUGUGCGGGUUUCUGGCACCGUUGGGAGGAGAGGAAGCUUUGAGGUGAUGGCGGACAACACCUUAAUUCACUCCAAACUCCAGACUGGAUCUUUCCCGUCUGAAGGCGAGAUUGCAUUCAAAGUGCAGAAGAUAGCUUCACACAGAAUGUAAACCCUGGAUACUGGAGAACCAGAGCGUGAUGGGAGUCCACGAGGCCGGACGCCGACUUCCUUCUUUGAAUGACUGUGCACGCUGAAAAGCAGAAAAAGGCGUGCACACGAUGUACACAUGUAGAAGGUUUUUAGCUGAUCCGGGGUCAGUGGAAGUGUUUUCAUCAUGACAGUCUGGUGUACUAAAACUCACAAGCAGUGGUGGUGAAAAAAGACUAACUUUAGUUCUAAACAUGUAAGCAAACAAUUGGUAACCAUAUUUUCAUACCUUUUUUAGUAUGAAGCUAAAAAAAAUAACUAAUAGCCUGUGCUAUUUGCACAAUCAAUAAUUAAUAACUGUUAAGACAUCUUCCUGGAACCCUUAAUAAACUGCUGCAUAAACUACA